AGGAGCCGACAGCUUGUUAUGGUGGAUUGUUGUGCUCACAUUUUGGUCUACAAGUUGUGUCGGUUUGUGUACAGAAACUGUACAAGAGAGAUUCCCCUUCCAUUUUCAUGGUGAACGAAAAAGAAAGAAGAAGAUGACGGAAUAUCACAUGGGAUUGUCGGUUUAUGAAAGUAAAAAAAUAAUAUCCCUUGAUUUCAUUGAGAUAAUGGAAAAGCCUCUUCAAUCCUCGACCUUCUUGUUCCAUUUCACCGUUGAUAAAGACUCCUUCAUGUCUGUAUUACUGGAAACAAACCAGGCCCAAAAUUUCCUUGAAAAAGAAUCCAGAUCUGGAGAUGCGGGGGAUCGAACCCCGUGCCUCUCGCAUGCAAAGCGAGCGCUCUACCAUUUGAGCUACAUCCCCUGUUGGCAAUAUAUGGACCUAUUAAUCUUUAUUAUUUGUAUACAGUGAGCCUGUAGAGAAGAAUUCAGUCGGUCGCCUUUUACGGCUUACAUUAAUGACGCAACUAAGUGGAAAGCUUCAAAUAUGGAAAUAUUCAAUGAAUUUGACCCAACCAGAACCAACUACCAUCGACUUUGUGAAUGUCGAACACUUUUUUAUCAACGUUGAUGAAACUGUUUCAUCUUCUUUUUAAUUUUUUCUUCCCGGAUGGUUGAUGCUUGGGUAUAAAAAUCCACAACAUUAUAUGGUAUUAGGACGAAAUUGAAAAAUUAAUCAGUAAACCACGGUGGAUUUGGACUCCCAGUCAAUUAAUAAAGCUGUCAUGGCGUUAUCAAAUUCUGCACCGUAGUCUAUUUCAUCUAAUUAUCUUGACCAGAUCAGUCAGUAAUCCGUCCAACAUCCCCUCCUUUCCACCAUCAUCCUGCCACCAACUGUAGGCGUGCCGAUGAGAUUCAUCGUGAUCUUCUUCAUCUUCAGCUUUUUAAUCUUUCCAACUUUUGCGGUUAACUUUCUGUACAAUUCUUUUGGUACUAUCACCAAUGGCACCGACCUCAUUCUCAUCAACGACGCCCGUCUUGAAUCGUCCGUAGUCCGACUCACCAACGAUUCCAAUCAAUUCUCUUUCGGUCGGGCUUAUUACCCAACGAAACUGACAAUGAAACCCACUGACAACUCCUCAAAUGUCUCCUCUUUCUCGACUUCAUUUGUGUUCUCAGUGUUGCCGGAGAUUGCGUCAAGUCCAGGUUUUGGCCUUUGCUUCGUCCUCACGAAUUCCACAUCUCCUCCCGGUGCCCUUGCUAGUCAAUACUUUGGUCUUUUCACUAAUGCAACUCUUCCAUCUGUGGCUCCACUUCUGGCGGUUGAAUUUGAUACUGGUCGAAACCCGGAAUUCAAUGACCCAGAUGAUAAUCAUAUCGGGAUUGAUCUGAACAAUAUCGAAUCCGAUGAGAUUGUGUCAGCUGGGUACUAUAGCUCUUCAGAUGGGUCUUUUGUGCCGGUCAGUAUGAAGAAUGGGCAGAAUAUACAUGCUUGGAUUGAUUUUGAUGGUUCCAAUUUUGAGAUCAAUGUCACGGUUGCACCUAUUGGUGUUUCCAAGCCGUCUAGGCCUACCCUCAAUUAUAAAAAUCCGGCUAUAGCUAAUUAUGUUUCUAGUGAGAUGUAUGUUGGAUUUUCUGCAUCGAAGACUAAUUGGGUCGAGGCACAAAGAGUUCUUGCUUGGAGUUUGAGUGAUACCGGGGUUGCUAGAGAGAUUAACACUACAAAUUUGGCGGUUUUUUCUCUACCAUCUUCUCCUUCGUUGUCAGCUGGAGCUAUUUCUGGGAUUGUGAUUGGUUGUGUUGUGUUUGUGAUCAUUUGUGUAUCUGGGGGUUACUUGUUUUGGAAAAAGAACAAAGUGAAAGAUCAAGAAGAGGACGAGAUUGAAGAUUGGGAGCUUGAAUAUUGGCCUCAUAGAUUUUCUUACGAAGAACUCAAGCAAGCCACAAAAGGAUUCUCUAGAGAUGAUCUUCUUGGUUCUGGUGGAUUUGGAAGAGUGUAUAAAGGAACUCUUCCUAACAAUACGGAAAUAGCUGUAAAAUGCGUUAACCACGACUCUAAACAAGGCCUAAAAGAGUUCAUGGCAGAGAUCUCAAGUAUAGGCAGGCUUCAACAUAAAAAUCUUGUCCAAAUGCGAGGGUGGUGCAGAAAGGGCAAUGAACUUCUACUUGUUUAUGAUUUCAUGCCCAACGGCAGCCUCAACACCUGGAUUUUUGGCAAAACUGAGAAACUCUUAGGCUGGAAACAACGACGGCUAGUCCUUGCAGAUGUGGCUGAAGGGCUUAACUAUUUGCACCAUGGAUGGGAUCAAGUAGUACUUCACAGAGACAUCAAGUCUGGUAACAUUUUGCUGGACGCUGAAAUGAGAGGCCGUCUUGGAGAUUUUGGUCUCGCAAAGCUAUACCAACAAGGUGAAGUACCCAACAGUACUAGAGUGGUGGGCACUUUGGGGUACUUAGCGCCUGAGUUGGCAACAGUUUCGGCUCCCACUUCAGCAAGUGAUGUGUAUGGUUUUGGAGUGGUGAUUUUGGAGGUAGCCUGUGGAAGAAGGCCGAUUGAUAUGACUGCUGCGACAGAUGAAGAAACAGUGCUUAUUGAUUGGGUGAGAGAACUUUAUAGGCAGGGGAGGAUUUGUGAUGCUGCGGAUAGGAGAAUUAGAGAAGAGCAUGGAGUGGAAGAGAUGGAAUUGAUAUUAAAACUUGGUUUGGCUUGUUGCCAUCCUGAUCCACAAAGGCGGCCUAGCAUGAAGGAAGUGGUGGCGGUUUUAGUUGUUGAGGAGGCAACUGCCACGCCUCAGGAAUUGUUGGGUGAGUUGGUGGGUGGUGAUGGUAAUUUUGAUGCUAAUGGUGGCGGACCUGCCGGUGUGAAUACUUGAAUUUUUUUUUUUAAAAAAAUAUUCACGGUACAUGCUUAUAGACUUAUUGGCUGUUAAUUUGAUCAGAAUUUGUGCACAAUGUAUUAAUUUAAUCUUUUGCUUGUAUUAUGCAAUGAUUUAGGAUAAAUGAAAAGGGAUUCAAAUA